GCUUCACUUUUUCUCUCAGAUUUCAUCCCUAACUGUACAACCAUGCUUGUGGGUUUAAAGAAUGUUGGAGAAAUCAACUCCACGGUUCUGCAAAGCGUGAACCUCUCCUCCAUCACCAAGUUCGAAAGCCAAAACUCGGGUAUCACAGGAAUCGCUGAGAAUGCCCUCAGCUCUUUUUCACAUCUGAAAAUUCUCAUUUUAGAUGGUAACAGUUUGUCCAGCGUUAACCAGAACUGGUUCACAAACCCUGCUACUAUCACUGAGCUAGAUUUCUCUUCCAACCUGAUUAAAUAUUUGAACGAGUCGAAUCUGACAGGGCUCUCAAACCUCAAGAAGCUCAGUCUGAGAGGGAACAAGAUCCACACCAUCCAUCCAGAUGCCUUCAGGUCCCAGAGGAAGUUGACUGAUCUGGAUUUGUCAGACAACCAGUUGACGAGGCUUUCCCCGCAGAUCUUCAUGUCUCUAAAGUCUCUAACGUCCAUCAGACUUUACGGGAAUCCCUGGAACUGCUCUUGUGAUGCCCAGGUCUUUGUUGACUCUCUGAAAGAACUGAAUACAUCUGUGCUGGUGAAUCCGAUGAGUGUGAAAUGUAAGACUCCUCCACAUCUGGAAGGUCGACCAGUUUUCAACGUGUCUGUGUGUUCGACUGCUACACCACCAUUGAGGAGUUCAGCGACUCCAACCAGUAAAACUCAAACAACUCGCUCACAGCAAACAUCUGGAAAGACAGACACAUCUUUCAGUACCAAAUCUACUAUCCAAACUCGAACAACUUCUGCUCUCAUGGCAACACUUUCCUCUUCAGAGACUACUGAGAGAACAAAACCACCUGGUGCCACAGCGUCAUCUUCAUCCCCUGGACAUUAUGUGACGACAUUUUCAUCAGUCGUCAGACCUGUAACUACACCUUCACGAGCCGUAGGUUCAUCCACAACCUCAAACACAAAGAUCUGCACUCUGAUCGCUGCUAUUGUGGUCCUAUGCGUACUGCUGCUUUUUGCGUGUUUCAUGGCACUGAUGCAUAGGAGGAAUCGCAGAAACAAAGCUGUGAGGCCUGGAUGUCCAACAGAAGAAGAAAAGCGGGAAGGAGACGGCGUGUCGAGUCGGGAUCAGUCUGGAUGUCUGGAAGAGGCUUGGAGAAAAUCCUUCACUGGCAUCAGAGCAAAGUCUGCAAAUGCAAUCAUCCUCUCAUCUCCUUUCUGUGUGUCUGAGAAAGACAAAGUCACUUCUGAAAACUCUGAAAAAGAGAACAUGGGAGCUGAAAUGGGAGAAGUUCAUCCAGAAACUUUCACUACCAUGGACUCGAUGGAGGAGUGUGUGAUGCAGGAAGGUGAUGAUGGAAGUCCCUACGAAAACCAGGAGUGUGAUCAUGUUAACAUGGACGUUGUACCGUACUUGAGUAUCGGCACCAAGCAGAACAAACCAAAUCCUGAUGAAGAGUCUGGAGAAGGUCCAGGUCGGAGUCGACAGAGAGGAAAAUUCAUCAGGAUCUCCACCUGGCCUCCUACUGCAGCUCAGUGGCAGGCAAGAUGCAAGGCCAAAGAGGAGGAAGAGGGAGCUGAUGAGUUCACUGUUUGGACUCAGAGUGUAACUACAAAGGUCUCAGAAGAUGUGGAGAUGAUGAUGGAGCAUCCCUGCAGCUCUAACCGGUGUGAAGACGAGGAAACAAACAUAAAUCUGAGUCUUUCAGACACAUUCAAACCACUGGAGACUCCUGUCUGCGCAUCGGAGGGGGAAGAAACGAACCUGAAUCCAGAUUCUGCAACACAGACAGACAUCUGGGUCAGCACCGGCGAAGAGCUGAAGUCCGAGGAACAUCCGGCACAGAAGAAGAGAGAGGCAGAUGUGAGGCAGGACCAGAAGCGGCCUGCGAUCGUCAAACAGAGGGCAGAAAACAGAGCCGCUGCUGGGGCGAAGGCGCCCUCUGGUGGCGCUUCUCCAGAUGACGAAACUCUGCUGUCAGGGAAUGAAUACGCCUUCAUGGACCUGCUUCAUGAAGUGGUUCAGAACAACGGCCGCUGGACGAGAGAGAGGUGGAAACAGAAUAAUGUUAACAAGCAGCGGCGAUGAAAUCAGAUUCAACAAUUCACUCUUUGCAGAUUAUCCUGUCAGAGUGGAUUAUUAGUUUAGACAACAGGACAGUUACAAGAGAGCUUAUUAAAGUUAAAAUAUUCACUUCAUAAUUAUACAAAAUGCUUUUUUUCCCCUUCCAUUUGGGACUCAGCUGCCUGCCUUUUUACUGUAUUUUUUUUCUGUGACUAGCAAAUCUUUUUUUUUUUUUCCUUUUUUUUCUCGGAAGAGUUUUUGCGGCGUAGUGGCUCCUAUUUUUUUUAGACAGUAGGCAGACAGGAAGGAGGGUGAGGAGAGGGGGGAAGACAUGCGGCAAAGGUCGUCGGGACCGGGAAUCGAACCCGCGACGUCCGCGUCGAGGACUAAGGCCUCCAAACGUGGGGCGUGCUAACCCCCUGCGCCACCACAGCACGCCCCAUGACUAGCAAAUCUGAUUACCACGGGCACUGCGCUGUUGCUUAGCAACCCCAGCUGAGCCCAACCUGUCACCUAGCAACACAAGCAACCCGUUUGGUCAACUGGUUUUACCGCUGCUGGAAAAUACAAGUGUUUGUUGACUUAAUGUUCUGAAAAUAUACAGUCUUGUUGAUUGUGCAGGAGCCUCUACUUCUGCUUUUCUUAAAUGUACAAUUGUAUAAUUUCGCGAGUUGAAAUAAAUAGAUGCGACACAUUCAAACUGCUGGUGAUAAACUUAGUGUGAGGUCAAAUAAAACCAUCUUCCAGUCGGUGGAUUUGGCUGCAUGCAGCAUUUAUUUGUUCAUAUCUGUAUGUGCACUUCUCAUAAGAAAUAGUACAAAAUGAAUCGUCCUCUGUUUGACAAUGAAUCAAAACCAAAGUGGAGGUAAACAUAAUACAUUUUGAUAACAUCUAGACAACAUGCACGUUCCAUUCAUAUAAAUACAGAGUAUCAAAUAAUGGCUCCAACUUGCAAGCAGUUGAUUCAGUUAUGGGUUUUUUUAAUCUAGCGACAGGACGCCACGCUAACUGUCCUGCUAACAGUAGGAAAUGUUUCGUUCUUGGCAAGCUUUUUAUAUCAAAACAUGCUUUUAAGAGAUAACAUGCCCCGUGUGUUAAGUCCGGACAUCAGAAGACAUCAAGUGAAGUCCUUCAGUGCUAUAAGGGUUUGUUGUGAGGAUCCUGUAAGGUGUUACGUUAGUGGUUGCAUCCUCCAUCACAGUCGCUUUGACUGAACUGUUACUUCUGACUCUGUGAAACACGAUUUCUGGACCAUUUAAAAA